AUGAAGUUCACUCUGAUCUCCUCCGCUCUCUUCCUGGCCACCGCUUCCAUGGCCUCCCCAGACGGUCUUGACGUGAACUCCAUCGUCUCCAACGCCGAAGGCAUCUACUCAACUGCCGUCGACGGUGGCCAAUCCAUCGGAUCCGACAUCGUCUCAAAGGCCACAUCUAUCGCCGAAGCCGCCAGCACCGGCGGAGCCGGCGCCAUCUCCUCCAUCGAAAGCGAGGCUUCUGCCGCCGCCAGCGAAGGCCGCUCUAUCGGCUCGGAGAUCACCAGCCGGGUUGUUACUGCAGUUUCUGCUCAGACUACUCUAACCGACUCCGCCGGCUCAACCACCGGUACCGAGUCCACUACCAUGACCAGCACAAUCUCCACUGGUUCUCCCAGCUCUUCCGGCUCUUCCGGCUCUUCCGACGCCUCCUCCACCUCUGACAAUGCCGCCUUCGCUCGUCCCACUGCUGUCGGCGCUGCUGCUGCGGGUAUGGCCGGUGUCCUUGGUCUUAUGGUUGCACUGUAA